AUGAGAGCUGUCUUCGUGCUUCUCGCGUUGGUGCUCAUCGCUGUGAUCGACGCCAAAAAGCAGAGCGUUACCGUGAAAGGAGUCACUGUGUGCAACAAGAAGCGACUCGCUGAUGCCACAGUGGAACUCUGGGAGAGAGAUCGACUCGACCCCAAUGAUCUGUUGCACACGGUGAAAACGGCGAAAGACGGUGAAUUCCUUGUCAAAGGAGAAGAGGACGAAGUCGGCUCCAUUGAGCCUUUCCUCAGAAUUACUCACACCUGCAAUGUGAAGAAACCGGGUUGCAAGCGUAUCUCCGAGUACGAGAUUCCAAAGUCGAAGAUUAAUGGCGUCUACGAUAUGACGUACGUAACCUUGGACAUUGUCUCGGCUGUCGACAAAGAAAAAUGCUGA